AUGCCCGGCGUGCGCUAUAAAUUUGCCUCUAAACUCAACUACGACAUCAUCAUCUUUGAUGGGCCCCAUAUCUCCCUCUGUGACUUAAAGAAGCGGAUUAUGGGGAAAGAAAAGCUGAAAGCUACCCAUAAUGAUCUUCAGAUCACCAGCGAGCAGACGAAAGAAGAAUAUACCGAUAAUGCGCUAAUUCCUAAGAACUCUUCUGUAAUUGUGAGAAGAAUUCCUAUUGUGGGUGUUCGUUCCACAAGGAAGACAUCUGUGAUAAGUCAAGUUGCCAAUCUGGCUGAAACCAAUGCUACUGAGGAAGAUAAAAUUAAGGAAAUGAUGUUGCAGUCUAGCCAGAUGUACAGCCCAAUCAACUACGUGAAGAAACCUCUAGAUCCGCGCCUUUCGUCUUACAACCGUUUUCAUUAUAAUAAAUCCGGUCAUUACAAUAAGAAUUGGGCAACAAACAGGGAUGAGAACUCUGGCCGUAGACUCAGAAAGAGCUCUGGAAUCCCUCGAAGCUUCAUGAUGGAAGUGAAAGACCCUAACAUGAAAGGGGUGAUGCUUACGAGUACUGGCAAAUACGUAAUCCCAAUGAUAGAUGCAGAGGCCUAUGCGAUCGGGAAGAAGGAGAAACCACCCUUCUUACCAGAGGAACCGUCAUCACCUUCAGAAGAAGACGAUGCUAUCCCAGAGGAGCUCAUGUGCCUCAUCUGUAAGGACAUUAUAACUGAUGCUGCUAUCAUCCCUUGUUGUGGAAACAGCUACUGUGACGAAUGUAUUAGGACAGCACUCCUGGAAUCAGAUGAACAUACAUGUCCAGCAUGCCAUCAGGACGAUGUUUCUCCUGAUGCUUUAGUUGCCAACAAGUCUUUACGGCAGGCCGUUAAUAACUUCAAAAAUAAAACCGGCUAUACGAAACGUCUACAGACACAGUUACCUCCACCGCCUCCCCCAAUAGCAUCACCAGGACAGCUCAGCGAAAGCUCACAGAAGACUCAAGGCCCAUCACUGCCAGCAACACCAGUCGCUGUGCCUGGUCCACCACCUCCUUUGGAUCCACCGCCUCCCUAUAGGUGGCCUCUUCCUUCAUGGGUACCUCCCCCACAGUGCUUUCCUCAAUUUCCUCCUGGCCUGCCCCCUCCUGCAGGAUACAGUGUCCCUCCUCCAGGGUUUUCACCAGCUCCUGCCAAUAUACAUGGGGUGUCACCAGGAUUUCAGACUGCUCAUUCAAAUACCAUCCCUACAACGCAAGCACUACCCUUGUCCAGGGAAGAAUUCUAUAGAGUGCAACGACAACUAAGGGAAGAGGAAAAGGAAAAGUCCAAGCUAGAGUUGGCAAAUAAUUUUGCUAAGGAAUUGAUGGGAUACAAAAAGAUUCAAAAGGCGCAUAGGCGCUCAUCUUCCAGAAACUCACAUAGUGACUCCAAGUCAAGAUCUGGCUCCACACAGUCCUGCUCUGACUCUCGAUCCUUCAGCCGCGUGCAUUCUGGCUCCUAUUCACGAUCACCUGCGUACCCCAGGAGAGGCAGAGACAAGAGCCGUAAUGACCGCUCACGGUCCAGAUCUCGUGGCUGUCACCGAUCUAGGUCAAGGUCACCUCAAUAUAGACGUUACCAUUCACGGCCAAGAUCUCCUCAAGAAUUUAGGGGACAGUCUCCCACUAAACGUAAUGUACCUCGAGGAGAAAGAGAGCAUGGGUAUUUUAAUAGAUACCCUUAUGACACCAAAGACUAUUACAGACAGAGUGUUGACUUUAGAGACUCAUUCGAGAGAGAACGCUACCAGGAAUGGGAGAGGAAAUACCCAGAGCGGUACGAACAGUACUACAAAGGGUAUGCUGUGGGAGCUAACAGAGAGCACCUCCCUCCAGAGACACCUCUUAAUAUCAGAAAUUCACCCUUCACAAGAGGGCGCAGAGAAGACUAUGCUGCUGGACAAAGUCAUAGAAAUAGAAAUGGAGGUGGCGGCUAUCCAGAAAAGCUUUCAACAAGAGAUAGUCGCAAUCAGAAAGAUAAUGUCAAAUCAAAAGAGAAGGAGAGUGAUUCCCUUCCAGGAGACGGUAAAGAAAACAAGCAUAAGGAACACAGAAAACAAAGAAAGGGGGAGGAGAGGGAGAGCUUACCGAACCCCAAACUGUUAGACAUGCCCAGGAAAUCCAGGGAGUCGUCAGGCGUCGACGACACGAAGACAGAUACACUGUUUGUUCUCCCAUGUAGAGAUGAUGCCACACGGGUUAGGGAUGAACCGAUGGAGGCAGAAUCUACCAGUUCCAAAUCAGUGUCUGAAACAGACAAGGGAGAAAAAGAUAAGACAGAAAUUAAAAGUGACAAAACCAAACGGAAAGUCAUUAGGACCAUGGAGGAAUAUGAUAUUGAUAAUACAGCUCCUGCUGGAGAAGUUAUAAUUAGGAUCCAGUUUCCUCAGUCCGAAUGGGAUAGAGAUGACUUUGCACCUGAAAAAGGCGUUAAAUCCACACAACCGAUACAGAGUGUAGGGAAACCAUCCAGUACUAUGAAAAAUGUUACUGUAAGGGCCUCAGUUAUACUCAAGGAAACUGAGGAAGAAUUGCAUCAGAAAAUUCAGAAGCUCACCAAGGAGGUGAGCCAUGAAAUGACACAGCACACGGCCAAAAGCUCAAAAGGCUCUGCGUCCAGUGAGAAGGGGAAAACCAAAGACAGGGACCACUCAGUGUUAGACAAGGAAAUCCCCGACAGUGCCCAUCCAGAGAAGGAGAGCACCAUGGACCGUCUGAAUGAACGAGGAAAUUGUAAGAACCUGUCUCAGUCUUUCAAAGAGACCAGGACUUCAGAUAAGCGUGAAUCCAUUCGUGGUUUCUCAAAUAAAGACUUUACUCCUGGUAGAGACAAGAAAACAGACUAUGACAGCGGAGAAUAUUCCGGCUAGAGAAGAGAUGAGAGAUGUGAGCUAGCAAGAAGGAAGGACUCUCCUUCUCUGUGA